AUGGGUCACGAGAGGGCUCAGACUUAUGUACAAUACGACCAGAAAGGCGACUGCUAUCCUUGGCGUUACGGCAUUUCAUCCCAGCCGCCUGCUGACCCAAGAAUCCAAGAACCAACGAUCAAGUACGCUCCGCGCUACUUCGACUCAAGACAUCUAGAUGAGGCACAAGCAAAGUACGGGGGUCAAAUGAACCCCAAGGGCUACAAUAUCCGUCUGAAGAGUAUUUUGGGGGCCGGGGGCUACGGGAUAGCAGCUCACAUCUCACACAAGAGCCCCGCCAACGGAUUCAACACUGACUGCGUGAUUAAGGUUGAAAAGUCUCGUCACCAUGCCAAUUCGGCGCUGGCACGGGAGGAGAGGGCUCUCUGGAAAUUUGUAGGAGCAAAACAUAUCCUGCAGAUAUCGGAUAUCACUGAAGAAAUCAAAGCACAAAGGGCUACUGACUUGACUGCAUUCCAGAAUAGCCAUCCCCCUCCCCCAGCUGGGGCCAGACUUCCCCACCCAGAGGUCCAAGACAAGAAUUGGACUCUCAAGAACUUCCAAACCCAACCCAUUCGCAACUUUGUCAUUCUCGAGAAUGCCAAUCUUGGUGACCUAGGCUUGUGGCUCAGCAAGUCUAGCCGUCUUGGGCGGCGUUGGCCUGAGAGAGCCAUCUGGAUGCUCUUCCAAAGUCUCAUCCUUGGUCUAGUUGGUAUGGCUUAUCCUCUGAGGGAGCAUUAUGAACCUUCGCAUCCAGAUUGGAAGUAUCAGAGUCCCAUUGACGAGGUGUUCCCCGACGAUCCGAAUUUCGAACUCCAGGAAACAGUGCACUUCGAUCUUGACCCCAGAAACGUUCUUCUGGCAAACAGAAGCAUGCUUUUCGGCAAUCUGCCUACCUUCAAGAUUGCCGACUUCGGACUAACCGAGUUCUUCAGCGAGCAAAAGGAUAACCCCGCACACUUCAACAAAGAGUACUUCUGGCACUGUCGUCUCAGAGGAAAGCCCGUCUACUACACGCCCGAACAAUUUGCUGGCGAUUGGGAUAUCAUGGAUAAUGACCUCAUCAACGACGACGGUGUCAACCACUUCGUGGCCACAGAUGGAACGAAGCCGCCAGUUGCUGGCAACUACGGAAUGCAUACAAACAUCUACCAGGUGGGCGCCAUUAUUUGGUGCGCCAUCACUCUCUCCUCAUUCUCAGACCGUGCCUUUGGUUUACCUUACAGGGACGCUUGGGGACGAAACAUCGUCACCUACGGAGGCGCCCUGCAGCAUGCGCGAUUCCGCGACGUUGAUCCCGAGCUCACAGGUUUGGUACAGAGAUGCCUGGCCCAUUGCCCCUCUGAUCGCCCAACUCUGCAAGAGCUGGUUGCCGUGAUCAACCAUCGUCUCGCCAGGAACGACUUGGAAUCGGACGAGGUUCUGAGUGCGUGGUCCCGGGAUUUCUUCACAACCCCUCGCGUCCCCGGCGAUGAACCCCCUCCCGUCAAGCGCGAACGCGAGGACGACGGAGACGAUCAGGAAGGCGAUGCCGCAAGGGGCGCAGCCCGGCGUAGGGUUGGCAACGUCAAUGGCGAGGCCGAUGCACAGAACGUCCAGAGGGUGCAAGCCGAGCCGUUGCUCUUCAACGCGUUCCAGCCCCCGAUCCAGCCUCAGUUCAUGCAGGGAAACAAUCUGCCCCGGCCAGCAGUCAGGAUCGGCCCCGUCGCCCCAGGCUUCCCGCCCCUAAUCCCAAUGCCCGUUGUAAAAGAGGAGUCUCAGGCGGUCGCGCCAGUCUUUGUCGGCCUCGAAAGCCAGUACAACCGACCUGCAGCUAACAACCCGCCUUCCGACCUCGACGCGAGAGUCUUUGAGGAAGUCAUGCCGCCCAACAACAACUACAUGUUCAACUUUGCCCCGCCCAAUCCCAUAGCACAGAACCAAAACCCGGAUCCAGAAGCAGGUCUAGCAGCAUAUCGUCAAAUGCAGGCGAUUCGGGGCGUGGAACCGAUUCCGUGGAACGCAUACGUCCCGCCAGGUCAGCCCUUCCUUCACCAGCCAGUACCGAAUAUCCAGCCUCCUCCGCCUAACGCUAUGGAGCCUCCGGUUGUGCCGGCUGCCGACUAUAACCCAUAUGGUGAAGCCUGGCGUUUCAAUUCUGUUCACCAGCAUACCGUCGAUCCUGCCCCAUAUGCUCAAGUCGGGCAGCUGGGCGCUUCUUCUCGCCGGCAGCGGGAGUUGCAGGAGUGGCAGCGGCAGCAGCAGCAGCAACAAGUUCAGAUCUCUGCGGAGGCUGGACCUUCCCGGCACCCUCAAAUGCGGGUGCAGCAUCUUCUCCAGGAUGCUCAGGAACACACAAUUGGGGAUGUCUCUAAUGCUACGAAUCUCUUUAAUGAGUUUAUCAAUGACCCUGAUGCCAUGGACCAGGAUUAA